AUGUAUACUUCUCUUCCCCAUCUAACACCUUGCGCCAGUCGAGUCUCCGACCCGCGGCUGUUCAUCAAAUGCCACUUUAGAUAUUUCGUAUUACUGAAAUCUUUAUCUGGCCCACAACGCUCUCUUUCUUCCUCUAUUUUCUAUUUCUGUCUCGUCCUCGUCUUCUUCUUCUCUCUGUCUCUCACUUUCUCUCUUUGCUUUUUCUUUCUUUCUCUCUUUGCUUUUUUUUUUUUUUUCUCCAUUUUCAUUUUCUCCUCUCGGUCGCUUUGUUUCUUUCUUUCACUCUUUUUCUAUCUCAUUCUUUCCCUCCCACUUUCUUUCACUCGGAUUUCUUUCUCCUCCUCCUACCUCUAUUUCUCUCCUUCAUCUCUCGCUGUUUUUUUCUCUCUUUACAUUUUAUUUUUUCCUCUCUCCUUUUCUUACUUUCCUUCUCACUUUUCUUUUACUUUUUUCUUUCUUUUCUCCCUCCUCUUCCUUUUUCUUUCUUUUUUUUCUUUUUCUCUCUCUCUCUCUCUUUCUCGUGUUUUGUUUCUCUCUCCCUAUCUUUCUUUCCAUCUCUCACUCUAUUUCUCUGUUCCUUCAUUUCAUCUCCAUUCACUCUCUCUCUCUCUCUCUCUCAUUUUUUUCUCUCUUCAUUUAUUACUUUACUUACUUAUUUAUUUAUUUUUUUGCUAUUUUCUAUUUUUCUCCAUCUCAUCUCCAUUCAAUCUCUCUCCGCAUAUAAUCUCUUUUUUUUAUAUUCUCUCCCUUCCUUUCUUUAUUUUUCAGUAUUUUUCUAUUUCUCUCAGUUCCCCUCUCCCUACCUAUUUCUCACUCUGUUUAUCUAUUUCUUCUUUUCACCAUUCACAAUCUCUCUCUCUCUCCUUCCUUUUCCUUUCUACCUAUCCCCACCAUUUUCACGGAAAAGAUAUUUUCUCCAAGGAAACUUACUGA